UUUCAUUUCCUGUUAGAUACUCUCUCUCUACAAGGCCAAUACAAAAAAAGAAAAUUGCGAUCUGCGUUAACCUGAAAAAAGGAUGUUGCAGCUGUUUUUCACGAUAGCGUUCUCGGCGGCGCCGUUAACGUUGUACAUACCGCCGAUAAGAUGUUUGACGAUGUUCGUGGAGACGAUGGAGGAGAUGGGAAUGGAAGGUAGGGUUUAUAGCAGGAGAGUCUUCCCUCGCGCCAGAAUUGCUUGGUCUCGUCUUCUUGAUUGCUUCUUCUCCUCUUCUUCUACUCGCCGUGCUUAAUUUAAUUGCUUUAUUUAAUUUGAACGGACCUUUCUACUAGUCUUUUUGAUAAAGAACUUUAAGGGUCUCGUGUAUGUGGUGGCUGUUUCUAGUAUGAGGAGAAAGGAAGAAGAAUAUGAGAUUAUUACAUACCGUAGAGUUUGGUCUUCAAGGGCUUCAAAGAAGCUGUCCGGUUGUCUGAGAAGAAGCAUUGGUGGGGUUUGUUCUUAUUUGCUGCAACCACUGCUCCUGUCCUUUUGUUCUUUACAUUCUCCAGUUUUAAAGAGUUGUAGGAAUGUUCCUCCGCAUCAUCCACUCUCCUCAAAAAUCCCAAGAUUAGUACAACUCAUCAAAGCUUAUGCUGCCAAAUCAUAGGCUUUAUUGUACUUGCAACAUAUUUGUAUUUAUAUAUAUAGAGAGAGUUUAUAAAGAAAGCAAUGGCUUUAUUUCCUU